GAGAUUGUCUAAAAGUCCUCUAUUUUUAAUUUCUUAGCCCUCUAAUCUUCACAUCAUUGUCAAUCACUCGUACUAAAUAUGCAAUUUUCUCUUCAAUACUCAACACAAACCAUUGACUUCUUCUUAAAACUCACAUUUUUCCAUUUUUCCCCCACCCCCCCCAAAAAAAAAAAACUACUAAACUGAUCAUAUGCCAACCCAUCUCUCCCCACCACCACCUCCGCCGCCGCCACAAUACAACAUGCCCGUGUUUUACUACGGCCUGCUGGUAGUCGGAACCACCGGAAUCAUCCUCGCCCUCUACAACCUUAUCAUCAUAAGGUUGUGCACUGGGCAGCACCACCACCUCCACCGCCAGUCCCGGCCCGGUCCGCCGCGUCCGGCUAACCGGACUCCGGUACCAGGCUCGAGCCGGAGCUUUGAUAAUCAGAACACACGCCUGAUGUCGAGUUUCAAGUACAAGAAAGGCGAAGGAGCACUGAAUGGUCGUCAGGAUCAACAGGAUUAUGAGUUGGAAUGCCCUGUUUGCUUGUCUGUUGUUGAAGAAGGGGAAGAAGUGAGGCAAUUGCCAAGGUGCAAGCACUCUUUCCAUGCCCCUUGUAUUGAUAUGUGGCUCUACUCUCACUUUGACUGCCCGGUUUGUCGGGCUCCGGUGGAACCGCCGGUUCUCCGGCUGCAUACGGCCGUGAUGGAUCAUCCAUCAGAGAAUUCCAGAGAAGGGAUGAUAGAUGCAGGCAACUUAGUUUAGUCUAGUUGUUUUCUUCUUUUUCAACGAUUUAUUUCUGUCUAUAUAAAGUUGUAAUCAUGUGCAUUAUCUGUAGUUUUGUGAACAGAAAAAUCUGAGGGGACAGAUUCCAAUAGUCCAAUGCAAAAUGUUGGGUGGGCUUCUUCGUUUUGGUAUUUGGAUUUUGGAUUUUGAUUGGGAAGAGA